AAGAGCUUCCGGUUGACAACAGAACAAAAGCCUGUUGUGGCUGUUUUCAUGUGCUGGGGAUAAUCGGCGUUACGGCUGCAGAGCUCAAACGAAAUCAACAUGCCUCGAGUUUAUAUCGGCCGGCUGAGCUAUCAUGUCCGCGAGAAAGACAUCCAGAGGUUCUUCAGCGGGUAUGGGAAGCUGCUGGAGGUGGAUCUGAAAAACGGGUAUGGUUUUGUUGAGUUCGAAGACACCCGUGAUGCUGAUGACGCCGUCUAUGAGCUGAACGGUAAAGAGCUGUGUGGAGAGCGGGUCAUGGUGGAGCACGCCAGAGGUCCUCGCCGGGACCGCGACAGCUAUGGAGGGGGUUAUUAUGGUGGUGGUGGUGGAGGUGGAGGAGGAGGAGGAGGAGGAGGAGGAGGUGGAGGACGCAGUGGUUACAGCAGCAGAAGUCGCACCGGAAGGGAUAAGUAUGGACCUCCUGUUCGCACCGAGUACCGCCUCAUUGUGGAGAAUCUGUCUAGUCGUUGCAGCUGGCAAGACCUCAAGGAUUUCAUGCGUCAGGCGGGUGAGGUGACCUACGCGGAUGCCCAUAAGGAGCGCGCCAACGAGGGAGUGAUCGAGUUUCGCUCCUACUCUGACAUGCGGAGAGCUCUGGAAAAACUGGAUGGAACAGAUAUCAAUGGCAGGAAGAUUCGUCUGGUUGAAGACAAGCCACGGCGUCGUCGCUCCUAUUCUGGCAGCCGCUCUCGUUCUCGUAGCCGGCGCCGCUCUCGUAGUAGGAGUCGCCGUAGCAGCCGCUCUCGGAGCAACUCAAGAUCUCGCUCAAGGUCUCGCUCCCGCCGGCACCGCUCCCGUUCCAGGUCCGGACACAGGUCUCGCUCCAAAUCUCCAUCGAGCAAGUCUCGCUCUCGCAACCGUAAAUCUCAUUCUCGCUCUCGCACGCACAAAUCUCGCAGUCGAUCGACCAGUCGCAAGUCUCGCUCCCGCUCGGACGAGCGCAAGUCCCGCUCUAAGAGCACUUCUAAAGUGAAGUCGGAUCGCGGACGCUCCAAGGAGAAAUCGGUCAGCAAGAAAUCCAGAAGUAGAUCUGCUUCACCCAUGGAGAAUGGCGAUGGGGGUCGUGCCAAGUCUGCUUCUCGCUCUCCGUCACCCCCGGCUGAGAAGAGCCAAUACAAGUCUCCAGACAGGCAUUCACGCUCUCGCUCAAAGUCUGGCUCGCGCUCCAAAUCCCGCUCUCGUUCCAGAUCUGCGUCCCAGGAUUAGUAUUAAGUGUGGUCUGAUUUUUGUUUUUGGUUUUGUUUUGUUUUUUUGCCCACCUCCUUAUGAGUCCAGUUGUCCAGGAUAGUUUUCUAAUGUUCAUGAUGGGAUCCAGGUCCAAAGCAUUUUGUUUGUUUUAUUUGACCUAUCUUCCAUAGUAAAAGUGAAUCACCGCUUUGAUAUUUUAUAUACAUAACAAUAGCAUGGAAAUAAGUGAUUUAAUUUAGUGUGCUGCAUGUCAGUCCUUUUUAUAAAUCAUGGUCCUCUGUGCUGUGUGGCUGGAAGAGGCCUCUUGGCAAGAAAAUGAAAAGCCACGGCAUCUUGUGGCUUAUAAAACUAUUAUAGGAAAAAUCUAGGCUUUGGUUUCUUCAUGUAAUAGUUCAUUGAAAACUGUCUGAUUUUGUUUUAUUAAAAUUCAGUCUAUUUA